AAUUCCUCUACUGCUCCAGUAGGAAAACGCAUACGAUGCUCCACUUGUGACUUUAUCUAAUAUUGGUAACCAUCUCCUGCAAAAUUACCAUUUUGAACACCAAGCAGGAGUCAUUUCUGUUACCUUUCUAUUUCUCACUGCUUAUGCCGAUCGCUUCAAUCUCUCUCUUCCUCCACCGAACCCCCGCGGUCAGCAACCUCGUCCGCCACAUCACCACCUUUCGCCACCUCUCCAUAGCCGCAGCCAAGCAACAUCAACAACAAAAGAACCCCAACAAUGUCUCUGGAAAACCCCAACUGGACAAGAAUCUCCUCAUAGCCAAGCAUACCUUCAUGGAAUAUUCCUCCCUGGCGCCAAUACUCUCUUUGGAGGACAAAGCUGACCUCUCCGAUUCCCAAGCUAUCGGCACUGUCGCUGCCGCCCAAGCAAACUUCAUGCGCGUUAUCGUCCAAUCACUCCCUUCCUACUCAGAGCUUUCUAGCACCUUCCAGAAAAGCGAAGAGGAAUCUUCUAGUAGUAGCUCCGAUGAGGGUAAAAUUGGUGUUGAGUUGCUGUGUGUGGUGAGGGCGGUGUUGAAGAAGAUAAAGAGGAGGGUGCUGGUAGGGGACAAGGUAGUGGUAGGGUCCAUAGAUUGGGUGGACCGAAGGGGCAUGAUCGAGAAUGUGUUCCAACGAAGAUCGGAGAUUUUGGACCCUCCGGUGGCUAAUGUGGAUCACUUGUUGGUGCUUUUCUCCAUGGAGCAGCCGAAGCUUGAGCCAUUCACGCUCACAAGGUUUUUGGUCGAGGCUGAGUCCACUGGCAUUCCGUUCACGCUCGCUUUAAAUAAAUCGGAGCUUGUAGAUGAAGAGAUAUUGGUUGAAUGGAAAUCUAGACUGCGGAGCUGGGGCUAUGAACCAGUGUUUUGUAGUGUUGAAUCCAAGCGAGGACUUGAUUCUCUUGCAUUUAUUUUGAGGGAUCAGACUACAGUGAUUGUGGGUCCUAGUGGAGUUGGGAAAUCUACCCUGAUUAAUGCUCUGAGAAACAAUCCCCGUGCUUAUGAUGCUGCAGAAGUGGAUAAUUGGUUUGACCCUAUAAUUGGAAGUAAGUGGUUUGAGGAACAACGUGUUGGGGAAGUUUCAACUAGAAGUGGCAGAGGGAAGCAUACCACCUGUAAUGUUUCUUUGCUUCCACUAUCUGGAGGAGGGUAUCUUGCUGAUACUCCUGGGUUUAACCAGCCUAGUUUGCUUAAAGUAACAAAGCACUUUCUUGCACUGGCAUUCCCUGAGAUCCGUAAAAUGCUUAGUGCUAGAAGACCUGCUAAAUGUGCAUUCAAUGAUUGCUUACAUCUUGGUGAGCCUGGAUGCAUUGUGAAAGGGGAUUGGGAAAGAUAUUCCUUCUAUUUUCAACUUCUUGAUGAGAUCAGAAUCAGGGAGGAAUUUCAAUUGAGGACUUAUGGAACCAAAAAGGAGGCUGAUGUAAGGUACAGGGCUGGAGAUAUGGGUGUCCAGCAAGCGGAACCUCGUUUGGAGCCCAAGAAGCAUAGAAGACAGUCUCGCAAAAGGAUCAACCAAUCAAUACUGGAUAAGUUGGAUGAACUGGAUGAUGACGACAACUUACUACAUGAGGAAAAUGAUCCCAUCUUAAGGGCGCUAAGGAAUGAAAUUCAAUAGGAAUUUUUAAAAAUGACCGAGUUACUGUUAAAUAAUUAGUUUUUGGACCCACGUUCUCAUUACACAGAUCAGAAACUGAGGCUACUCAGCUUGACGCCAUUCCAUCAUUGACAGCUAAAAUGAAUGAUGCUAUUGUCGAGCUUGACUGUUAAUACAGAGGUUGUGCCGGUAAUGUUGCUUUACACAGACAGGCAGCCCACCUAAGGAACUGGGUAAUUGAAUUGUUAUCUUCGCGAGUAUAUAAAAAGGUUUAUGAACAUUAUUCAGGUC